AUGGGAGUGAAUGCAAGGGGGGUUUUUUGGGGGGGGAGGGUUUGUUGGGGUGUGGGGGGAGGUGGACAUGUGAGGGCGAGUGAGGGGAAUGAAGGGGAGGAAGCCAAGGGGGAACAGGAAUGCUUACCCUCUAUUCCCCUCCCUGACUGCCUGCUGUUUCCCAUCUACUUGUCAUCCAUUUCCGCCCUACUUACCCUCCUUUCCCCCUCUUCUUACCCUCUUUUCCCCGUCUACUUUCCCUCUUUUCCCCCUCUACUUACCGUCUUUUCCCCCUCUUCUUACCCACUUUUCCCGUGUUCUCCAUCUGUUUAUCCUCUUUUCCUCCCCUUCUUACCCUCUGUCCCUCCCUUGUCCAGCCUCUUUUCCCGUCCGAUUUCUCUCU